UUCUUCUUCAUACCAGGUACAGAUGCUAGACCUUCAGUCCUUGUGUAACAGUGAAACCAUGAAGAAAGCAGAACUCUUCUCAGCUGCAUCAUCCGGGGACUGUGACAAGAUCAUCUCCCUACUAGAUGGAGGGGUGGAUGUGAAUGCAAAAUGUUUGCAUGUCAAGUACUAUCACGAAACAGCACUUCACUAUGCUGCCUCGGAAGGGCACUGUCCUGCUGUGCACUUGCUGUUGGACCGAGGGGCGGAGGUCAACGCAGCAAACAAGUGGGGUCAAACAGCCCUCCACAAUGCUUCAGAAGAAGGGGAUUGUGUUAUGAUGGAGGUGCUGUUAGACAGAGGGGCAGACAUCAAUGUCACUGACCACAAGGGAUGGACACCGCUUCACUAUGCCGCCGACAAAGGGCUACUUCCAGCCAGUGCACCUGCUGUGAUGUUGUUAAACAGAGGGGCAGACGUCAGUGCAACUAACGAUGCCGGCCAAUCUGUACUUCACUUUGUAGCUACAUCAGGGCUGGCUCCUUUUGUAGAGCUGUUGCUGCGCCGAGGGGUGGAUGUCAACGCAGCCGACUCUAAAGGCAAGACGGCACUUCACCUAGCAGCUGACAGAGGGCAUGCUGAUAUUAUAGAGAUGUUGUUGCAAGACGGCGCGGACGUCAAUGCAAAGGGACCAGAAGACUACAAUGGCAACACAGCACUUCACCGAGCAGCUGACAUAGGGAAUGUUCCUGCUAUAAAGAUGUUAUUGCACCACAGUGCAGACGUCAAUGCCAAGGGAACGGCAGACUGCACAGCACUUUACCACGCUGCAAGGAAUGGUCACUCCAAUGUUGUCGAGGUGCUGUGUUCUCAUGGUGGCGAUCUAUCUGUGAAAAGCGGUUAUGGAGGAAGAACUCCACUUUUGGAAGCUGCAAAGCGUGGACAUAUAGAUGUUAUCGAUGUUGCCAUAAAACACGGUGCUUCGUUAUCGGAAAGCGACUCUUCCAACAAUACAGCCCUCCACCUGAGUCUGGUUGAAGGAGGGCCGGGGAGAACAGAGAACAUGGUCCUCCAUCUGACAGGUCUGGGAAUGGAUGUUGAAACUGUUAAUGCAAAAGCAGGUUAUGGCAGUUGGACAGCACUUCACCUUGCUGCCAGACAGAGUGAUAGCAAGAUGAAGGUGGAGAUCCUCCUCAUGGCAGGUGCUGACUGUAACCUGAAGACUGCCGCUGGUCUGACUGCUGAGGAAUCCACAACAGACACUGACAUCCGGAGACUCAUCGCCUAUCACAAGGACCAUUACCCAAAUCUGCAACGGGCAUGUCGUAUGAAGAUCCUCCGUCUACUUGGUAAAGAUAGGCUUUCCAAAGUGCACCAUUUACCACUAGCAACGAUUCUAAAGAACUACCUCAUCAUGAAAGACGUUUACUAGUUCUGUAACAUUACUUACUUUGUAUUUUUAAGGAUAUUAUUACAUUUUUGUACUUUUAAGGCCUCACUGACUUAAUUUAUGGAUGACAUUUAACUUUCAAAGUUAAUAGCUUAAUAACUUCAUGUGUUAAGUGUCCCACAAAUAUUUUCUUUUUUCAAGAGAUCUUUAAGUAAAUGUGGUGGCCCUGAAUAUCAUAUCAUAUUGAUUGAUGUGAAAAUUGU